AUUUCCAAUAACAACGGUAACAAGGAAACAACCUAAGAGUGAAAUAUUACCACUUGAUGGAAUAAAUUAUCCUUCACUUGCACUAAGUGGAGUGGAUUUACUGUUGCAUUGCAUAAUUUGUUAAACAAAUUGUAAUAGCCUUGUGACCUUUACCACUCACACACUGCCCUAAACAAGACAUCAAUUUGUAUCUUGUUCAAGGGUUAUUAAAGGCCCGAACAUUACAACUUUGCGUGCGUUUAUUUUGCAAGGGAAAAUAGUUUGCUUUCCCUCUGCUCCACUUGCUUGACACUUUGCCCUGCCACACCCAGUGUGUCAUAGUGCUUGUCUGACAUCACUAACCAGAGGAGAUGAAUGGUGAACAUUUAAUAGAGAAAUGGAACAUUUAUGCUGGUCUUUAGAAAUAGUUUUAAACAAUCCAGGACGGUUUGCUUUCAUGGAAACAUUCCAACUGUGAUUGUAUUUAUUUGGGAUGCCCCAGCGGCAGUCGAGGUUUUUGACAAUGAUUUGCAGGGAUGGUGCGUUUCCGUUCCUAGGCGCGAGGGCAUUUCCUCGUUACUGCGCCCUCCGUUAGCGUUGGUUCACGUUCGAAGCAGUGAGGAAGCCCGCUUAUCUUGCUUAUGUUGUUGAGUUGCGUCGGCAAUGAACCCAAAGGGGCAACCUUACCCGGUAAAUACAGUAAAACAUAUAGUAAACCACUGUAGUCUUCGUUCCUGCAAUGAAGGAAUAACAAAGCUACACCAACUCUCUCCCGAAGCCCUCUUGUGGCUAGCAGACCUCGCGACAUUUUCAUUUAUCUCCCGAACGCAUUGCCAGAAUUGGAGUAAAUUGUAAUGUGGUGCCACCUAGUGGCGAUACAGCUCAGACGAGUCUUUUAAGUAAACGGGCGGGAAAGCUUAGAUUAAUGUUCAUCAUCAUUAUCAACCAUAAUUCAAUCCACUGCUGGAUGGAGGCCUCUCCAAGCUGUCACCAUCUAAUUUUCUUGCAAUGCAACAAUCCACGGAGCACCUGUGUACGAGCUGAUUUCAGAGCUUUCCAUUUCUGGGGUAGAUGUCUGCUUUUUGAGGGUGUUUCCCACAUUAUAGUACAUUUAGACUUAUUCAGUGUAAUGCACACAACACACUGCAAAAUCACACAUGCUACAGUAGAAGACAUAUAACUGCACAACGAUAUUAGAUGAACGUGUAUUCAAAUUACAGCCACCAGGGCAGGGAGUGGGACAGGAGAUAUUUUUUGUGCAGUACUUGUUAGCAGGCUAUGGUGGCAAAUACCAGCGCUUUACAUAGCACCAACAGUAGGGACACAAUGUGACUUGUACACUAAUUGGAAUAUAUUGGAAACAGGUCCGGCUAUGAACUGUGCUACUAUAUUAUGGAUAAUAUUCCGGCUCUCAGUGUAGUUUUUCAUGAUGUUGUAUGAGAAAUUUUUUUAAUAUUCAGCAACAUUCCAGCAGCAGGCCAAGAGUUGUGUGUUUCUGAGUACUGUAGCGUGUAUGUUGUGGUCUGUUGGGCAGAUUAAUCAUUAUAAUUUAUAAUCUGGGCAUAUUCUCUUGUAUCAUGCGAGUCAUGGCAUUGUUUUUAUGUCCUGUGGAAAAUGUUAUGUUAUGAGUCGUAAUUAAGAUUUGAGGUUGUGCUCAGUGGUAUGCAAAUUUCAAUUUUAAGUGUUUAAAUAUAUGAAACGGUUAUGUUACGUGGAAAUAUCAUUUAAAAAAGCAAUAUACAAUUAUUAGAGGCCUUUGUCAGUCCACUGCUGGGUGAAGAAAUUGAUUUAGUGCUAUAUAAUGUAUGCAAUUAAUCAAUGUAUGACUACAGUACGUAUAUUUAUCAGCUACACUCUGGUAUUAUGGUAUAUGACCAACUUAUGCUUUAUACAGUAAGUAAAAAAAGUAAACCCUCGCGUAUGUUUUCGAUUCACAUAACUUAAAUUCCCAUGCGAUGUUGCACAGAAAAUUGGCUAUCAUGAGGUGUAGCGUCGCAGUGCCCUCUUGGGAAUCUGCGUGAUAACUUUAAUAUUUUAGAUCACACGUUUCAAAUUCCCAUUGGGUUACACAUACAACACGGCAUUUUCAAUGUUUUCCGCAUGUUGUGUCUUGCUGCUGUGGAAUUGCACGCAAUGCGUUGGUCGGAAUAUGUUUGAAUGCUGGAAUGUUGGCAGAGAUGCUCUCAUGAGGGAGGGGGAGUCCCUCUCUCUCUUUGCCAAGGCCUGGUCAUCACAUUUCUGCUGCUGCGCAUGGAUGUACACAUUUGCCCAACAUGUGGUACGAUUUCUACACCAAAGAUGUUGUUAAGCAACACCAUAAAUACUGUUUAAUAGCAAGACUGCAUCUGUGCGCACACGCGGUCUCGAUUCGUCUGCUCCUCCUGCAAAUAUAUAUUCUGCACGCGGCUGUGCUCGCACAUUUUAUAUGACUUCAGUCGUUGACAUAGAUUGUGCAAACAAGACACAAAUUUGGUGAUCGCAAAACCGUGGUAUAAGACAAAAUGGAUGCGUUUGCCUCGGGAUGAUGGCCUGAGCUGCAGUGGCAGAUAUUGAAUAGCGCAGCUGUGGAUGUAGCGCACGGGUGCCACAUUGCUGCCCUCGGGGUAGGCCGUGUGCCAGUGGUCCCUACUAGACAGGCACAGGGCGCCAGCUGCAGGCAUGAGGGGCCACCGACACAGACGCCUGCUUUGUUUCUUUGCGAGGAUUUCGGGCGUCCUCACUCGAGUCGCGAGGAGAAAUUUGGCAGGUACGGUGUUGCUGCGCUUGGCAUUUAGUGGCUCUUUUGAAAACACGUGUUAUUGUUUUUGGAUUUAGAAUGUUGUAAGAAUAAUCCUUGUUGUUAGGUGUGUUUACCCAGGAAAGUCUCUCCAAAUCUCAACACUCUUUUUGUUAGGAGGGUCCUGCUAAUGUUUUGUGGUAGGGGAUGCAAUGUUGCCAUGUGUAACCCCAAGUGAGUCAUUUGUAGAUAUUUUGUUAGCAUCGGGAUGUUUGGGCUAAUAUCAGUUACAUUGUGUGCUAUUGCAGUUUUCAGACGAUAGCAAUAUGGCGAUGUGCUCCUGCUUUUAAUAAUAAAUAAUUUCCAUACAUAUGGACUAUUGCAAUUUAAAAUCAUUCAGGAACGUUAUCUGUAAUUUGAAUCACUGGCAACGGAAGCCCGAAUGGUGUUUACCAAAUCAUCUCAUCUAGAACUGGCAACCUAGCAAACCUGUCCUAAGCCCCUAUGUGUGUGACUUUGAUUUCCCCUUAUUUACGAUUAGGCAUUGGAUAUCUUUGUGUAUUGACAAUCGUUGCAUGCUACAUAAUUAUUUGUUAUUUUCUUUGAACCUAUCUACGUGACUUUACCGAAAGACCCAAAUAAUAUGAAUUCCUGCAGUCACGAAAGCUUUAAGUCAAGAUUUAUGCUACACAGGUUUUAAAUGCCAUAUUCUUGAUUCCAAAGUAAUAUACACAACGGCAAUCGGAUACAAACUACUGCUCCUGCGACGCUUUCCGAACGUUAGAAAUGUUGACAAACCUGCUUGGGUGGGUUUGCCGCCGCUGCUGCUGCUACUGGUACGACCACCUUGUAAUGGUUAUAAGCGUGGCUGCAUUUGGUGCUCGCACACAAGGUCUCAUGAGCGUCACGUGAUACGGUCACGUGCCAUUGCUGGCACCCAGAGUGGUGGAGGCGGGGAGGAGGAGGAUGCUAUUCCUCUUUGCUCUCACAUAGGCCGAGAUAACAGGUGUAAUUUAACCUGAGCGGAAGACGGGUUUUACAUGCUUACCAUUGAGUCAUCAGUUUCGCUUGAAAAAGAGCAGGCUUGCUUUUGCCCGCUUUGGGGCAGAUAAACCAUUCGGCUGUUUUAAGACUGCACAUGCGGAGUCUUUUUUUAAAGUAUGUCAACUAAAUUAUCCGUAUUGCUCUUAGCAUGAUUAUUAUUAUUCGGAAACAACGGCAUUACCUGAGCUCUAAGUGCAACAGAACAUUGCCAAGAUGAAGCAAAGUCCAACCCCCGCAUUGCCAGGCGGAGUCAAUUGUGCCGCCGACUCUACUGUACUGUAACUAUCAAUUGGAAGGUUUUUUUGUUUGAAUUGUGAAGUGUGGACGAAGUGUGGGCACACGUUGGACGCACCCGGCAGAGCAGCAAUGUGGCAUCUACAACAACUUAAACGCGUUGGGUUGGACCCCAGCCGCUCUGGCGUCUGCGGGAGAGAAAACAAAACGUAACAAGAGCGAGAGAGGCUCAUGGCCGUGCUGGAAGACGAGCUCGCUUCCAGCGAGGAUAACUUAUAUCCCACGCGCGCCUGUUAUGCAGCAAGGUGUGACGACAGGUGUGUGAUGUUCGAGGUGCCGUCUUUUUAUACAGAUAACAUGACGCUGCUGAGUGGGCCUUCUGCUCCGAUGAACGGGGGCGCCGCCCACGUGGGCGGGCCACCGAACGGCGCCGCCCCCGAGGCCAGGGCGCUACAGGGCCCUCAGCCGGGCCGAGCGCUGGAGAAGCGCAAGAUGGUUCUGGAGGAGCUGCUGCGAACCGAGAGGGACUACUUGGCCGACCUACAGUUCUGCAGGGAGGAGAUCUACAUCCCGCUCAGGAAAACACAGGUGGCCAAUCUGGAUGUGGAGGGGCUGUUUGGGAACCUGGAGGCAGUGCUAGAAGUGAACGCCCGCUUCUACGAGUCGCUGCAGUCAGCCGUCCACAUCGCCCGCCCCGACGACCAGAAGAUCGGCGAGAUCUUCCUCGCCUUCAAAAGCGAGCUUGAGGAGGUGUACAAGGUGUACUGCCGCAACCACGAUGACGCGAUCUCGCUCCUGGAGGCCAGCGAGAAGGAUGAGGACAUCAAGGCACAGAUGGCAGUGUGUCUCAAAAAUAUGAGGGAAAGGUCCAACUACAUUAACCUGGGGGCCCUGCUCAUCAAGCCAGUGCAGAGGGUGAUGCGCUACCCGCUGCUGCUGACGGAGCUCCUGGGAGCCACGCCACCGUCUCACCCUGAUCAGCCGUCGCUGAGCAAAGCGCUCGUCGCCUUGCGACAGCUCAACCACAACAUCAACGAGUUCAAACGCCGGAAGGACCUGGUGGUCAAGUACAGAAAAGAUGAUGAUUCUUCACUGAUUGACAAGCUCUCCAAACUGAACAUGCAUUCCAUUCUGAAGAAGUCGAGCCGCGUCAGUGGCCACCUCAAGCAUCUGACAGGCAUGGCCUCCCAGAUCCGGGACGAGGCAUUUGAGGAGGAGGAGCGAGGCUUCCGUGGCCUCGAGCGCGCUGUCAAGUCCUUCCUGCGCAGCCUUUCUCUCUACACCCAGCAGCUGCGGGAAGCUCUGGCUGCCGAGCUUCAGUGCUCCUCCAGCUUCUCGGCACUUCACGCCAAACCCGACGCCGAUCGCUACCAACACACGUGCCGGCACAUCGCCACCGAGUCCUUCCCUCAGUUUAAGGAUCGCGUGGACCGGCUGGUGAUCUCCCCUCUGUCCGCCCUGCUGGCCUCCUUUGCGGGGCCGCACAAGCUCGUGCAGAAGCGUUACGACAAGCUGCUGGACUACAGCGCACGCCGCGAAGCAAGCGAGCGCAACCGGGACCGGCCCGAGUCGGAGGAGCUGCAGGCCACCCAGAAGGACUACGUUGCCCUCAAUGCCCAGCUGUUGGAGGAGCUGCCCUUGCUGAGAGCAGGAGGGCAGGCUCUGCUAGGAGCUGCAGCGCGCAACCUCGUGGCGGUGCACCGCGACCUCGUCCUCGCCAUCCUCCAGCAGCUGCAGCCCCUUGACGUACAGGCGGAGCAGCAGGGUGCGUUUGGUGCGCGGCACGUGCACGCACUCACUGAGCUGCAGCGCUUCAGCUUCAUGUGCGACCAGCCAGACAGUUUGCGCCGUGGGCUUGACGGACGGCGCAGCAUGGACCGGCGCGCUGCCUCCAGGCUCUCCGGCAUCCUGGCAACGAGCGGCAGCACGCAGACAGACUCGGGCCGCUCGCAGCUGCUGGCGCGCUUCCCGCCCGAUCGCCUCUUUGUUCUCGAUCGCAAAGUGAACGUGGCGCAGGAUCUGGACCUGGCGCUGAGCGAAGGCGAGCUCGUCGCCGUCAUCAAGCAGCAGGAUCCCAUGGGCAGCCAUCGCCGCUGGUUCGUCAGCAACGGGGUGGCACAAGGGUUUGUGUACAGCUCCUUCCUGCGGCCCUACAGCCCACGCACCAGCCAAUCGGCUACCUCUGUGAGCAGCCAAUCUUCGGCCGAGUCUGUGCCAGCGCGAUCCCCACACUCCUCGCCCAUCCUUACCAGGCAGAACAGCAGCUCUUCCACCCAGAGUAGCGGCUCCUCGGCGUGGAGUGGCCAGCCCCCGGAGCACGCCUCGCCGCUCCUAAGCCGACAGAACAGCGACACCUCCUGCCAGCUGAGCGUCGGCACAGCUCGCAUGAGCGCAACCUUCCUCAAAAAACCUCAGAGCCACGUAGCGAGUGGCGAUCAGACUGCAGACAGCACGUCGCUGCAGAGGAAUGGCAGUGGCCGAGGCAGCAUUAGAAACCAAGGCGGCACGAGCCAUCAAGCUGCAAGCACGGACUGCGCUACCAGUCGCACGGUGGAGCGGCUGGUCUCCCUGGAAGAAGAUCGUACGAUGUCCCAGCCGCCCCAUUUUGCCGACACCAUGGUCACACUGGACAGCCAAUGUGAGGGCACACCCCCUCGCCAGGGCCCGUGCAGACAUGGAGGCGGCCAGGGCAGCAGCUCGCACGGGGGGCCCAGGCCAAGUGGGGAGAGCAGCUGGGCGACCGUCGACCAGGACGCUACGCUGCAAGCCAGGAGGAAGUCCGUGUCCGGCUGGUCUGAGCGGCAGACGUCGCUGGACGUGACGAGGAUAGGGCACGGCGCCGGUGCGGAGGAGGCGACAAUUCCCAUCCGUUCCCAGAGUCUGCAGGACGAACGGUGGGACUGCUCCACCCACAAGGAAGGCCAACAGGCUGCUCGCCACGCACCCAGGACUAAACCUGGUGUGAGGAGGAAAGGAAAAGAUGUCUAUUACGCCGUGUACGCGUUCGAAGCGCGCGGAGCGGAAGAGAUGUCUCUGCGAACCAGGCAGCGAGUGCGCAUCGUGCAGUUCCGUGACGCCGCUGGGAACCAGGACUGGUGGCUGGUGGAGAGCGAGGGCCGGCAGGGUUACGUACCGGCCACCUACAUCGCCAAGAUGGAAUACACGUGACCCCAUCGUUGCCCCCUUCUCCAACCGUGGUGCUGCCAGUCGUUGCCCUUCGUUGAAUUGGUCAAGCUGGUGGGGAAUGUGACCUGCGAGAACCCCCACCUGUUUAGGAAUGACCUUUAGCAUUGUUCAUGAUAUAUGUGAGGAUCAUGCCACGAUAACUGGGAUAUAGGCUACAUGUGGAUUGUUUUGAAUCCGUUCCUCGUAGGCAGUUAAGUAGGAAGCUGGAAAUUCUGUUUGCACUCGAGCUUUUUUGUCAUUAACUGGAAAAUUGUGCACAGAUAUUCGUCGGGUUUUUUGCAAUUAGUGCAUUUAAUAUUCUCAUUUGCACCAUCUUGAAAGAGAGAUAUGUAAAAUAAAAAUUAAGAGUAUGCA